ACAAUCAUUCUUUUGGUGUCUCUACCAUAUAAUAAUCCACCAUUAUCUCCAUACUUAACACCCAUAAACUCCUCACAGAAUCUCAGUUGAAAUCUAACAUUUUGAUAACAAUGGCUGGAGGUACAGCUCUAACUCCAACCUCUGUAAGAUCUAAGUCACUACUUCCAUUGAGGAACCAUGAAGCAGCAGAGAGAGCCAACAACAACAAUAACAACAGCUUGAAAGCAUUACCCAAAGCGGUUCAACCGGUUUCAUCAAUUGAAGGAGGGAUGGUUAAGAGGCCAAGAGGUAGACCAGCUGGCUCCAAGAACAAACCCAAACCACCAAUCAUUGUGACUCACGACAGUCCAAACUCCCUCAGAGCUCAUGCCGUCGAGAUCAGCUCGGGUAAUGACAUAUGUGAGGCUUUAUCAGAUUUCUCAAGAAGGAAACAGAGAGGACUCUGCAUACUCAGUGCCAAUGGUUGUGUCACUAACGUGACAUUAAGGCAGCCAGCUUCAUCAGGAGCUAUUGUGACAUUACACGGACGUUUCGAGAUUCUCUCAUUGCUAGGAUCAAUCUUGCCUCCACCAGCACCGCUUGGGAUCACUGGUUUAACCAUUUACUUAGCCGGGCAUCAAGGACAGGUUGUUGGUGGUGGAGUGGUUGGUGGGCUAAUAGCAUCUGGUCCUGUUGUUAUCAUGGCUGCAUCUUUCAUGAACGCUGUGUUUGAUCGUCUUCCUCUGGAUGAUGAUGAAUCUGCAUCUAUGCAGAACCAGCAGUACUACCAAAAUGGAAGAUCCCGUCCUUUAGAUGACAUUCAUGGAUUGCCUCAAAACCUGCUCACUAAUGGAAACUCAGGUUCUGAUGUUUUUUCUUGGGGGGCUGCGCAGCGUGCCAUGUCCAAGCCUUAAUAUUGCUAAAGAAGUUAGAGGGAGAACCAUAAGUUAACUGAAACUAAUCUUCCUCUGUAGUUUGUACCUGCAACAUUACAAAGAAGAAACUAAAACAAAGAUAAGUAAUUGUUAAUGAACUUAAUCAGAAUCCUCCAGUUUAAUACAAAAAAAGUAUUACUGUGUGUUUUAUCAUUGAUCCCAAGUGAAUGUUCUCUACUAAUAAGACAUAGCAGAACAAAAUGACUACUAAAAAGAGAUUACACAGGAGUGCAAGUGAUUGCCACUUUGUAAUUGACAUCAAGAUUCAAGAUGAUGAACAAGACAAUCACACACCUGUUAUCAUUUCUCUCUCAGACCCACAGAGGUGGAGAGGGUUUAGUUUAUUUUAAUGAACUUAACAAUUUAUUUUGUUGCAAAACAAAGACCAAUCAACAUAAGUCAAGAACAGCAUACGAGGUUUCAACAAUCUGUCUCUCAGCAAAAGUGAUAUGAUUAUUUCACAAAUUGAUCAUCUAGGUAACAUCUCUUAAGAGUACAACA